AAGUGCUCCGUCGAAUCGUACAUAUCCAAGGCGUUCAAGGAUCGGAGUGGAUCGGACGCAGGCAUGUUUUCUGUCGUGUGCGUGCGUUGAAUGGAACGACUGUUCUUAGUGGUACGCCAUUCAAACCCUAAAGUGGUGUAGAAAUCAGCACGAAUGUGUACUGGCUUUAAAAUGCUGUGAUGUUUCGGAGGCCGAACAGCGAGCGCACAGUUCCCGUGUCAUCCCGGAUGCCCGGCGUAGACUGCACGCCGAGUACAACAGGUCUCGUGGCCAUUUGCUGACCGUGCCUGCAUUCAAGUUUAAAGAACAAGCUGUCUGCAACACUUCUUUCUGUCCAGCCAUCAGUUGGCUCCGCUGCAGUUCUGGCAACAGCAGAGGAAGAAUGUCAUGUCGCGGCUACCCUGAGACUGUGAUGGAGUGUUGGGUAGCGGUACGUUCCUAUCAGGCUCGUCGCCCAGAUGAGCUAUCAGUGACGGCAGGUGAGCGAUUUCGUGUCUGGCCCCAGCAUCAGGUGCAGCCUGGCUGGCUGCUAGGCUGUAGCCUUCGCACUGGGGCUCAGGGCUACCUGCCGGCCGCCUAUGCACGCCCCACAGGGGCUCUGGACGACAGUGGAUACUCCGAACAAGUGUCUUGCAGCCCACCACCAACUGGGGAGGCCUUGACACACUCACUGCAAGACUUGUUCCUAGUGACACCAGUGAUGUGCACCCACUGCGACGACUACAUCUGGGGUCUAGGCUGUCAAGGCAAGCGCUGCCAGGAGUGCGGGGCAUCGUUCCACGCCGGGUGCUCGGGAUUCGCCGGGUCACGUCCCUGCCUACCGCCGAGGGAACCCGCUGCUUCACGCCCUGGUGUCUUCUGCAGCUCCGUCUCCCUCAGCGAGUGGAGCAGUGAAAACGUGCAGGAGUGGCUGGCAGCCAUCAACAUGCUGUCCUGCGGUGGGGAGGCACUGCGGGAGCUCAAAGGUGCAGACUUGGCCGGCCUGGAUCGAGAGCGCCUGUGCAGCCUAGGCCUUAAGGAGGAAGCUGCCCAGGACGCCCUGCUGCGCUGCUUGGCCGAACUGUGCCGUGCAGCCCCUCCUCCACCACCGGCCGCGUUGGUCGCCUCAGCCAGCCAGCUCCAUCAGGGGGACCACGACCUGGAGUGCGGGAGCUUCCCUCCGGGGCUUGAACAAUGCGACAGCUGCCGGCACUUGUUGCGCGGCCUUGCGCACCAGGGACUGCUGUGUCGCCAGUGCGGACUGGUGUGCCACCGGUCGUGUGCGGCUACACGAGGCCUGCCGGCAUGUCGUCCGCCCGUGCCACGGCCCCGACAGGCUCUGCUCGCACUGUCAGCACUCUGGCGAGACCUGGGGGGCGAACACCCCGGCACCGACGUGCCACCCUUUUUGGCCCGGUGUCUGCGCGAGGCCGAGGCUCUGUGUCAAAAGACGGGGGUUGACCCGUAUGAAGUCUAUGCCAGCCCUUGCAUGCCGGAACGGGUGCAGGAGUUGGCUCUGCGACUGGCACAAGAUCCCCACGCCGACCUGCCAAGUUAUGACCUGGCUUGCUGGGUGGGAGUCCUGAAGAAGUACCUGCGGGAACUGGCUAGUCCCAUCAUCCCGGUUCACUUUUACGAACGCUUUCUGGAAGCAGCAAAGGCAGGUGAUGAGGCAGCUGUGGUUCGGCUGGUCAGUCAAUUGCCGGCUGUGCAUUUCCGAGCCCUGCGAGCCCUGAUGGCCCAUCUGUGCCGCAUCUGCCGUCUGGCCCACAGCAGAGGAAGGUGCGAGCGGCCCCUGCGGCUAGCUCACUGCUUAGCAUUUGUUGUGCUGCGACCACCCUGGGAACAGGUCGUGUCUAUGGCACACAAUGCGCAAUGGCAUGGACGUGUGCUUGAGAUACUGCUGCUGCGCGGAGACUGGGGCGAGCCCUUGCCGGUCUUCCAGAAUGGGGGCACACCGGCCCUGCCCCCUCGGCGGACGUCAAGGUCUAGCCAGCAGCCACCUAUAGACCGGAGCCUCUUGGAAGCUGAAUGGUACUGGGGUGACAUAUCCAGGGAGGAAUGCUCAGAAAAGCUGAAGGACGCCGCGGACGGCACGUUUCUUGUUCGAGAUGCUCUGGACCGAGGCUCGGGUGACUAUACGCUCACUCUUCGAGUGGGCGGCAGCAACAAACUGAUCAAGAUCUACCAGCGAGCGGGCAAGUAUGGCUUCUCUGAGCCCCUCACCUUCAACUCUGUGCCCGAGCUGAUCAGCCACUACCGGCGCGAAUCCUUGGAGCACUACAACAACUUCCUCAAUGUGCGGUUGCUCUACCCGGUUUCCAAGUAUCAUCAACCCGACGACGAAGAUCAGCGGGAGUGGAGCGUGGAACGUGUCGGCCAGCGCCUGAUGGAGACCAACCGAGAGUUCCUCUCGCGCAGCCGUCAGUUCGACCAAUUUCAUGACCAGUUCAACAGGCUCAGUCAGGAGCUUCAACUGAAGGGACAGGCAUUGCAGUCGUUCGACGAGGCAGCUGCCAUGUUCGAGGAGCAGGCUGAUUUACUCCGCCACUUCAGCCGGGACUGUUGCAGUGGAGAGCAGGAGCGUCGGGCUGUCGAGGAGAACGGGGCGUUGCUUCAGCGGAGGCUGGCGCUCCUUCGUGAGGCCCAGGGUAGGCUGGCCGACGAAGUACGCGCCUCCCAGGCCUACUACAAGCAGCUGGAGCGGGAAAUCAACGGCCUGAAGCUGGAGGUUGCGCAGGCAGCCAAACAGCGUGAAAAGUGCCAGGCGUGGCUGCAGGCACGCGGUGUGCCAAAGGACCGCAUCAACAAGCUUCUGCAGGAUUCCUCGGGACAGCAGGAAACAACAAGGAGGAGCGGUGGUUCGGAAGAGGUGUCUACUGACAGUAGCUGGUUCGUGGCCGACUGUGAUCGAAGCCAAGCCAUUCGUCUGCUCAAGGGUCGCUGCGACGGUACUUUUCUCGUGAGACCCAGCAAGAACCCGGGGCAGUUUGCGUUGUCCAUCGUGGCUGAGGGGGAGGUGCACCACUGCCUUAUUCUACGCACUGAACGUGGCUAUGGCUUUAUUGAGCCUCUCACCACUCAUCCCACGUUGCGUAGCUUGGUGCAGCACUAUGCGCACAACUCUCUUGAAGAGCACAACCAACUGCUCAAGACUACUAUGGCCUACCCAGUGUUUGGCUCUAGCUGAGGCAGGCCCCCCUUUUUCUGUACAGGACAACACCCUCUGCAUAAUGUGUACAUAGCUCGCUUUUUUUAUCACCACUGUUCUCUAGUCAAAUAAAGAUCGCUGUUUUCCUUA